UGCGUAAAGGAGAACGCUGUAUAUGAUACAGAACUUUCCUAUACCCGUGAUAUCACCAGCUGCUCUCCACACGUCUUGCUUGCUUUCGCGGAAGUGUUAGGACAAAUAGGAUCAACAGCGUUAAAAUUAUGGAGACCGAAGUUUUAAAGAUCAUCCUAGCCAGUCAAGGAGCUGUCGACACCGAUUAUUUGAUGUCUAACAUCGGCUACGGCGAUUCCACGAAUCAGAUCAUCACUAACCGAGAGAAAUUUACUUUGUGUUCUCCUUUUGGCCAGCCUAAGGUGGUGGCUCGGACCAGCCUGAGACUGUGCAGAGUCAGAGGCUGUACUGGAUCAUGUAAGGGGCUGCACCUGUGUAAACACUUCCUCUUCAGCGGAUCUUGUCAAUUCCUGUCAAGGAGAGGGUGCAGCUCCUCUCAUGAGCUGAACUCUGAUUACAAUCAGAUGAUACUGAAGGAGCUUGAGCUGGAGAGUCUGAGCAGGGCGGAGCUAUGUACACUGCUGCUGCAGAGCGACAACUUGCUCCUGCCUGCUAUAUGUCAUGAUUACAACAAUGGUCCCGGUGAGUACGGGAUAUGUCAGCGUGCUGAUGGCUGCGAGAGACUGCAUAUCUGUGAGAGGUACCUGAACCGAGACUGUAAUUGCCACAAGACUCAUGAUUUCAACGAACCACAGCCAUUACAAAUCCUGCGGAGUAAAGGUGUUCCAGACAGCCUUAUUCCCAGCUUGAAGUCUGCUUAUGCAAACAAAGGGGCCAUAAGGUAUGCUGACAGAAAAAGGGAUGAGCGCAACGAGGGUAACCGUCAAAGACCGCAACUUAACUCUACAGGUAGUGGCUUCUCUGCGGCUACAAACUACCCUGGUGUGGUUCCCAGCUAUGAUCUGCAUGUACAACCUCAUGAUUGGCACAGAGGGAGAUGGAGAGGGAGAGGGAGAGGGAUAGGGAGAGUAGGUUUCCAGGGAAAUAGAGGCAUCAGGGGCCAUUGGAGCGUCAGCGGGAACCAGGACUACUAUCCACCGCAGCCGAUGUACCUAUACCAUUGGUGACUCCCUCGCUGACAGUGAUACAUUAGAUUUGUCCGCUGAUGGUGGAUCAACAGAAGCUAACUUAGAACCGCAGAGAGCAAAUGACACCGAUGCAAGACUAACAUAAAUGUAAUCAAACUUCCAACAGCUGACAGAGGGAGAGGUGGCAACCGCAGCAACUGGAGCAGCCGGCAAGAGCUGCAACUCGUUCAAGUGACAUCAGAGAAAAUAUUUAAAAAAAUGGAAAGCAAAGACUGUUUUAAUUUCAUUUAAACUCUAAAAUACACACAAUAGCAGUGCUUUGUGUCUCUGUCUGUCACCUGAUAACAGACAUCUGCACAUGGCGAUCAACCUGAAUUCUCUUUAUUCUGUGAACUGUGUUCUGCUAAAAACAGUACAGACCAUCUCGACGGCACAAAGCUGACAUUCUUCUGAUUUAAUUAACACGGAUAUCAACAAUAGGCACACUCCAUUUGCAGUGGAUGAUAAGCUGACAACCACUCUUCAGCAGAUACAGAAAUGAAAAACAUUUGCCCUGUUUUUUUUUUUUAAAUCGAAAAUUUUAGAUUAAUCAUCAGCAGUGCCCAAUCAACAAUAAGACCUCAGCAUCUUGAUGGUUUUUAACUUAAAACUUUCUUAAGUUGUAGUUUCCAUCUUGACUAUUUUCAAACAGGCUUCCGACUGUUUUAGUACUGGAGACCUCUUAUUUUUUAAUAAUUUUAAGCCGUGAUAUACCAAACACAGAGAAAUAAGGUUAGAAAGACAGAUGUUUAUUUCUCCUUCAUUUAGUGAAUUGGUAUACUAAUGAGUGUUUGUGUGUUUGUCUAUUUUGAUUUACUACAUUGUAGGAAUAUAUGAUAACUUAUUUCAAAGAUGUUUUUGGGGUCAAAAUGCUCCAGCAACACUUGUAGUAAGAAGAUCAACUUUCUUAACAAUUUAGACCAAUGCGUUUCGGCUCGUGGCCUUCAUCAGGGUCACCUGAUUGACCCAAAAAGAUGUUUUUGGGUCAAUUUUUUCCCUUUGUUGAAGUGAAGACAGCCGAUGAGAGACAGGAAAUGUUGGGAGGAGAGAGUGGUAGAUGAAUUUCCCUCGGGAUCAAGAAAGUCUAUGACAUGCAGGCGAGGGACAAGGUCGGAUUCAAACCCACAGUUGCUGGGCCAACAAUUAUGGCCUCUGUACAUUGGGUGCACAACAUAACCGCUAGGCUAUCCAGAACACCUCCCUGAAUGAGGGAGCCUUUCUGGUUUCCGGUUAAGGUUUGGCAGUUCAGAGAGAUUCUGCCUCUUGGAUAAUGAUAUUUAAACUUUGAGAAGACAAGAAGGGGGUUAGUAAACGCCCCCUCCCCUCCCCAGUAGUCUCAAAGAAAAGUGUAUUCUGGAAACACAAAAGAAACGGAGAACAUGUACAAGCUAUGUGUGGAUAAGCGGUGGAAAUGCUGACAACUAUGGGCCACAGGAACAAUUUAGUUCCUUGAAGAGAAGUCCCUGAACCUUUUAGUUCUGGGGACCUUUGGUCGAAACAGGGCUUUUAACCGGACUUCUGAAAAAGACGAUGAAACAGCUACAGCUCAUUCAAAACGCACCAACUAGAAUUCUGACCAGGACCAAAUAAAUGGAGCACAUUACUCUGGUUUUAAAAUCUCUGCACUGCCUCCCAGUUAAUUCUUUUUAAGUGUUUUUACUAGUUCACAUCUUACUGAACAGUAUAGACUCAGAAUACAUACAUCUGACAUAACAGGAACCUUAGACCUGUGGACCCUGGUCCCCUUGUUCAGUCCAGAGUCCUGACUAAACAUGGUUGAGAAGCUUUGAGUCACUAAAACAUUUUACGUGGUCUAAAGAUUAACAUUUUUUAAAGAAGGUUAAAAAUGAUUUACUUUUUUUCCUUUUGUUUGAAUGAGCCUAAAAGCUUACACUUUUAUUUUUCAUGUUUUCAUUUGCUCUAAUUGCAUUUCACAUAAAUAUUACAUUAUUUCAUUACUUUUAAUUGUUUUAAUGGCACUUUUAACAAUGAUGUUAUGAUUUUUAUGUACUCUGCAUUAUAUCUUCAUUUGAACAUUUUAGCCUUGUAUUUGUUUCUUUUGUCUUCCCUGUGUGAAGCACAUUGAGUUGCCUCUGUGCAUGAAGUGUGCAAUAUAAAUGAAGGUGCCUUAUAAAUAAAUGUUAAAUAUGAAGCCA